AUGGCUAUGAAUACGGACUUUGUUGUGGACGAUUGGAAUAUUAAUGAUGUUUUAGAAGUUUCAACAUGUGAAGAAUGGAUAGGUGAAAAGGAGACUGAGGGUGAUUUGUGCAUUGUACAUUUAAACAUAAGAACGAUUCAUAAGUACUGGGAUCAACUAUGUAUACUACUGGAUAAAGUAUUGGAAAAGAUAGAUAUCAUAGUUCUUAGUGAGACUAGAAUAAGAAAUAGUUUUGAAAAGUAUGUGCUACAUCACUUUAGCAGUAUAAAUGUUAUCAGAAGUAAUUGUGAAGGUGGUGGUCUAUCGGUGUUUGUAAGAGACACUCUCUCUUCUAGACAAAUCAGUGUAACCCCGAAAAAUUUUGAGGGAAUUUGUGUGGAAGUAUGUGAUGGGAGAGGACGACAAGCAACAAUAUUGGCUGUGUAUAGACCCCCCUAUGGUAAGACAGCGGACUUUGUGGAUGAAAUAGAUGAUCUACUGCAAGCGGAAAAGUGGAAAAAUACUGUAAUAAUAGGAGACAUAAAUAUUAAUAUUCUGCAGGAAGGUAAAAUCACAAGUGAUUAUAUAGAUAUGUUAUUAAGUAAUAAAAUCAGGCACUGUAUUAACAAAUGUACCAGAGAGGAAUAUGCUGGAAACCAUUUAAGUGAAACCUGUAUUGAUCAUAUUGCGAAUAAUAAAAAUAAAUGUGAGGAAGAUGGAAAAAGUGAAAACAAAAUGAAGAACAUACUUGUAAAAAAGAGGUGGAAGGAAAACUUAAAUAGUGUCAAAAAUAAUAUGACGGAAAGUCCAAGUGAAAAUUAUUUAGAACUUAGAGAGGCAUUUUCGUCUGCUACCAUAAGGGUUAAAAUGAAGGAGAGAAAAGUAAAUGGACAUGUAAGAAAACCUUGGAUAACUGAUGAGAUUGUUCGCUUAAUGCAUGAGAGAGAUAAAGCCUUCAAAAGAUGGAAAGUGUCCUCGAAAGAAAGCUACUUAAAAAGACUGGAGCUGAGACAAGUUUAUCAGGGUCUCAGAAAUAAAAUAAUUUACUCUAUUAAAAGAAGCAAGGAAAGAUAUAUGGAGGAGCAAUUUGAAAAAUGUAAAAAUGAUAUUAAGGCUACUUGGAAACUGGUAAACUCUGUAUUAAAUAACAAAGUGAGUGAAAAUAUUGACAACAUAAUUACAAAAAAUUUUGCGGGUAUCUUAGAAAUAGAAACGGUUGCCAAUAACUUUGUCAAUACUUUCAAAGAUCAGGUUGAGUGUAUUAUGCAUGAAUGUCCGACACUCUUGCUGAAGAAUGCAACUGACAGAAUAACCAACUCUUUCUUUUUACCAGAAGCAACAAUAGAGGAUGUGAUAAAAAUUAUUCUGACUUUAAAAGAAAAAUCUCCUGGUGAUGAUGGAAUUAAGGUAUCACACCUAAGUGACAAUAUCGAACUAGUUGCUCCAAUAUUACAAAACAUAAUCAAUAACUCAAUAAAAAAAGGAAUUUUCUGCGAUGAAAUCAAAAUUGCCACAAUCAGGCCUAUUUAUAAAACUGGAUCACCCUGUGAAUAUAGUAAUUAUAGACCAGUCUCCAUUUUAUCAACUAUAAGCAAGGCAAUUGAGCUAUAUAUGUAUACACAUUUAUUCUCAUACCUCAAAAAGUACAAAGUGAUUGAUGAACACCAAUAUGCGUAUCAGAAGGGAAAGAGUACCAUUGAUCUGUUACAAAAUUUCUCUGACAUAGUAAAUGAGUCCUUGGAUAAAGGUAUGCAUGUUGUUGUAAUGUUUGUGGAUUUGUCUAAGGCUUUUGAUUCCAUUAGUCAUGAAAAAUUAUUGAAAAGCUUAGAAAAUAUUGGGGUGAGAGGAGAAGCGUACAAACUGUUUAAAAGUUAUCUGGAAAACAGAAUGUAUGAUACUGUUAUAAUUUCUGUACACAAAAACUUAGAUAUAGCUGAGGCAAGACUGCAGGAGGAGUUUACUGAGUACCAAAAAUGGUGUCAUGAUAAGAAUCUCAUAAUGAAUGGAACAAAGACUAAAGUAAUGCAUAUAUCCACUCCUUAUAUUGCAAGAAGAGAUCUUAACCUAAGAUUUCAUUCUAUUGAGUGUAUACACAGUAAUAUUGCAAAUUGCACCUGCAAAAUGAAUAUUGAAAUGGUGGAGUCAGUGAAGUAUUUAGGGUUGAUAGUUGAUAAACACCUAAACUGGAAAAGCCAUGUUAAAAUGCUAAGAGGGAAGUUGAGGUGUUGCCUGUAUAAAUUAUCACAAUUAAGUAACUGCUCCCCACAUAACAUAGUAAACAUGGCUUAUACAGCCCUCUUUGAAUCAGUCAUGAGUUAUGGGCUUGAAGUGUGGGGAUCUGCCUCGGAUACAAACUUGCUCCCCAUUAAAUCAUUACAGCAGAGAGCUGUAAAGAUUGUGAAGAAAAAGCAAAGAGUUCCAUUACCAAAUACUAUUUUAACAUUAGAGAAUUUGUACAAAUUAAAAGUUUUAAAAAGAAAUUAUUUUAAGAAAGAGUUUAGAAAUAUAGUACAACAUAGAUACUUAACAAGAAAUGAGAGUUUCCAAUAUAAGAUAGGUAUGAAUAAGUAUGGUGAUAGACUGACAGAGGUGGUCGUGCCAAAAAUACUAAAUAAGAUGCCAAUAGAUUUAAGGAAUAUAAAUAGUCAAAGUGCCAUGAAAACAAAAUUAAAACAAUAUUUUUUAAAAAGACAGCAGUUUAUUACUAUGUUAAUGUUUCUAUCUGUGCAGCAGACUGAUUCCGACAGUCGUUUUCGUCGCGCCAAGGCAGAAGCCAAGACAGAGGCCAGGGCAGAGGCCAGGGAGGAGAGGCCAAGGGGGCAGAGGCCAAGAGGCAGAGGCCAAGAGGCAGAGGCCAAGGGGGCAGAGGCCAAGGGGGCAGAGGCCAAGGGGGCAGAGGCCAAGGGGGCAGAGGCCAAGGGGGCAGAGGCCAAGGGGGCAGAGGCCAAGGCAGAGGCCAAGGGGGCAGAGGCCAAGGGGGCAGAGGCCAAGGGGGCAGAGGCCAAGGGGGCAGAGGCCAAGGGGGCAGAGGCCAAGGCAGAGGCCAAGGGGGCAGAGGCCAAAGGGGCAGAGGCCAAGGGGGCAGAGGCCAAGGGGGCAGAGGCCAAGGCAGAGGCCAAGGGGGCAGAGGCCAAAGGGGCAGAGGCCAAGGGGGCAGAGGCCAAGGGGGCAGAGGCCAAGGCAGAGGUCCAUGUAGAGACUAAGCAGGGCACAGGCCCAGGCAUGGGCCAAGGUACCCGCCCAGACCGGCACCGGGCACAGAGCCGCGUGUAA